GAAUUGUUAGCCUGGCUUGUUGGAUGGCAUUGCGAAUUUUUAUAUAUAUUUAAAAUUAGUUGUAGUGAAAAUUGAAAGAAUUGUGUGCAAUUAUGCUGUUUGAAAAGCAGCGUUAAAUAUGCGUGCGUGCCGACACAUGAUAUUUAUAUGCUGCCCGAGCAUGUAAGCGACCAGACAGCUCGUUGCCGUUGCGUACAAACGACGUGCAAAUAAAAUCGAUGAAUACAUGAAAUUUCGCUGCUGACUGCCGUUGUUGUUUUUGGCUGCCGCCACUGCUAUGUACUACUUUUUCUUUGUUUACUUAUAUGCAGCACAGUGGGUGCGUCGUGAUUCGGUCAAUUGAGGAAAAAGAGAUAUGAAUUAUGUGUGCGCCCAAAUGUGUGUGAAUAUGCGUGAAAGCACAAUUAAUCAGUAUUUUUAACUAAACGCAGAGCAUUGAAGCCAGUUGGUGUAGAAAAAUCUUCGCAGAGUACAAGUGAAAUCGAUCGAUUUUGGACAGCAGCAAAGCUAAGUAGCCGUGUGGCAGUGCAUGCUUGUGUCUGUGUCUAGUCGCAGAUAUAAAAAGUAAUAAUUCCUAAAAAUCAGUCAGCAACAACAAAAUUAAUAAUACCACACCAAAUAUGUCCGCAACGGCAGCAAAUAUGAUGGGCAUGGAGCAUCUGCCCGCUGAUGUGCGCGAGAAAUUGGCCGAAUUGGAAUUGGAGCUAUCAGAAGGUGACAUUACGCAGAAGGGCUACGAAAAGAAGCGCACCAAACUCUUACAACCCUUUUUGAAGAAGCACGAGAUUAAUGAUGUGGACAAGUCAAAGAAUAUGCCACCGCCGCCAUAUUACAACAUUAAAGACACCAACAAUAGCAACAACAGUCACGGGAACAAUGUCGGAAACGAUGGCGUCAUUAUUUCCAGUGAAGGGUAUAGUUAUGUGACCGAAGUGCCCUCUCUGCCCUCAUCGCAACAAAGACAUUCCAAAAAGUCGUCCAGCUUCCAGCAGUCAUCCAUUUCCUCAGCCGCAGCUCCUCAAAGCGACGCUAUUGGUGCACCUGGCUACGAGAACAUGCGUCCCCAGGGUGGUGCCGUUGGCGAUCCAGGCUAUCAAAACACGCGCGAGCCGAGCGGUUUUCAGAACCCACCGCCAGCCUCCAAUAGUAGCCAACAUCGUCAGCGACGCACACAACGGAAGGUGACGCACAAUGAGAAGCGCUAUCAUUCAGAGGUUCGCCAAGAGGCUGUGCAACAGGCAUUGGCUGCACUUAAGGGCCGGCCUAAGCCCAGUUUGCCAAUGCCAUCGAAACGCACUUCGGUACUCAAUCGAAGUCCCGGCUGUAAUGAUGAUGUAGACUCGUCAACCGAUGACGAGUCCAUCCCCGAAGAGCUGAUCUCACCCGACAAGGAGUACAAUUAUCCGCGAGACCACAUAAGUAAUAGCAUGGUGCCCCCAGAGCCAAUAAUAAAGCCCCCAAUUCGUGAAUCAUCGAUGAUUGCGCAACAACAACAGCAGCCGCCACAACCGCAGCAGCAACAGCAUUCACGACCCGAGAUGAAACAGUCGCAGUUUCAGUCCCAACCGCCACAUCAAAAAUAUCCAUCGUCGGGCAGCGUCUCAGCAGAACGACGGCCACCGCAGAAUUUGCCACCACUGCCAACCUCGGAUACCUCGAGCACAGAGUCGCCACCAACAGCGUAUAAGCGCGACAGUGAUUUUUCGGACAAGGCGUACAAGCAGAAGCACUUCAAUGCCCCAGACAUCACGCAGUUCAAUAACGCACAUCGCAUUGCUGAUCGUGUCACACGGUAUGUCAAUGUCUCACAAACCGAGCUCAACGAUGUCGAUGGUAGUGGCAAGUGGAAAGUGUCGGCCAAGAUACAACAACUACUGAACACGCUCAAGCGACCCAAGCGCCGACCACUACCAGAGUUCUAUGAAGACAACGAUAUCGAAUUGGAAAUUGCGGCCAAUCCCAAGGACCCGAACGCCCCUAAACCUGAGGGUAGCACUAUGACACCAGUUCAAGGCGAACAAUUAUCCAUAACGGCUGGGCUACCUCGCACCCUGGAGUGUGCGCUGCAGCGCUAUGGAGCCAAUUCCUUUAAGAGUGCAAUGGCAACGGUGCUGGAUCCCAAUGGGAAAAUUACCACUACGCUAACCUAUGGAAAGCUGCUGUCGCGUGCACAAAAGAUCGCCUAUGCGUUAUCUACGAAGAUCUUUAGCAAAGGACCCGAGCAGGUAACCCUGAAGCCGGGUGAUCGUGUGGCUCUCGUCUACCCCAACAAUGAUCCGUUAAGUUUCAUUACAGCCUGGUACGGCUGCAUGUUUCGAGGACUAGUGCCGUUGCCCAUUGAGCUACCGCUCUCCAGCUCAGAUACACCACCACAGCAGGUGGGGUUUUUACUUAGUUCUUGCGGCAUAACAGUAGCCCUGACCUCGGAAGCUUGCCUUAAAGGCCUACCCAAGUCCGCAACGGGCGAGAUAGCGAAGCUGAAAGGUUGGCCCCGCUUGCAAUGGUUUGUCACAGAGCAUUUACCCAAGCCGCCCAAGGACUUCAAUGUCGGCAAUUUGCGCAUUGAGGACUCGGCUGCGGCGUACAUAGAGUAUACAACGGAUAAGGAGGGGAGUGUUAUGGGCGUUACUGUAACACGCGCCGCUAUGAUCAAUCACUGCCGUGCUCUGACCAUGGCCUGUCAUUACACAGAGGGGGAGACAAUAGUCUGUGUGCUGGACUUUAAGCGAGAAGUGGGUUUGUGGCAUGCGGUGUUAACUUCCAUAUUGAACGGCAUGCAUGUCAUCUUCAUACCCUACGCUUUAAUGAAGCUGCGUCCAUCUUCGUGGAUGCAGUUAAUAACGAAACAUCGUGCAUCCUGUUGUCUGGUCAAGAGCCGUGAUCUGCACUGGGGCUUACUCGCCACGAAGGAUCAUAAGGACAUUUCUCUAUCAUCGCUACGCAUGCUUCUUGUGGCUGACGGUGCUAACCCCUGGUCUCUCUCAUCGUGCGAUCAAUUCUUGAAUGUAUUCCAAUCAAAGGGCCUCCGCUCGGAUGCCAUUUGUCCGUGCGCCAGCAGUUCGGAGGUGUUCACUGUCUCGUUGCGCCGUCCGGGCCGAUCUUCGACCGGCUUCAGUCAAUCGGCCACCGGUCGCGGGGUGCUUUCAAUGGCGGCGCUCUCGCAUGGCGUGGUGCGCGUGGACAGCGAGGAUUCGUUGACCUCCUUGACUCUGCAGGACUGCGGCCAGGUAAUGCCAGCCGCUCAAAUGGUGGUUGUACGCUCUGAAGGUGCACCCGUGCUCUGCAAGACGGAUCAAGUUGGCGAAAUUUGCGUGACAAGCGGCUCGACGGGCACCAGCUAUUUUGGACUAGAUGGCAUGACAAAUACCACGUUUAAGGUGCAACUAAUGCUGGAAGACCCUGAGCAGACCAAAGAAGGUGGCACUGCAUCAAAUGCUAAGCCCAUAAGCGAGGACUAUUAUGUUCGUUCCGGUCUGCUCGGCUUCCUUGGGCCUGGCGGCCUGGUAUUCGUAUGCGGCUCGCGCGAUGGUCUUAUGACGGUCACCGGUCGCAAGCAUAACGCCGAUGACAUUAUAGCUACAGUAUUAGCAGUCGAGCCAAUGCGAUUCAUCUAUCGCGGACGCAUCGCAGUCUUCAGCAUUAAGGUGCUUCGCGAUGAGCGCGUCUGCGUGAUUGCAGAGCAGCGACCCGACUGCUCCGAAGAGGAGAGCUUUCAGUGGAUGUCACGUGUGCUUCAGGCUGUCGAUUCUAUACAUCAGGUGGGCAUUUAUUGCCUAGCCCUGGUGCCGCCCAACCAUCUGCCUAAGACCCCACUGGGUGGCAUACAUUUGUGCGAGGCUCGGCGACGCUUCUUGGAGGGUUCACUUCAUCCCGCUAAUGUUUUGAUGUGUCCGCAUACGUGCGUUACCAAUUUGCCCAAACCGCGUGAGCUUCAUCAAGGUGUGCAAUCAACUGCAAAACUAAGCUCAUCAUCUGGCUGUGGUAUUACAGACACGGGUGUAGGACCAGCCUCCGUCAUGGUUGGAAAUUUAGUGCAGGGUAAUCGUUUGGCUGUAGCGCAUGGACGCGAUGUUGGCUUGGCCGAAGAUAGUGAGCGCAAGCCGCAACUCAUUACAGGAGUGCUACGCUGGCGUGCUAAUACCUCGCCAGAUCAUAUUAUAUUUACGCUGCUUAACUCAAAGGGCGCCAUUGCCAAGACGCUUACCUGCUCGGAGCUACAUAAGCGUGCUGAGAAAAUUGCUGCCCUGCUGCAGGAACGCGGAAAAAUAGAGCCAGGCGAUCACGUUGCGCUUAUUUUUCCUCCUGGGCUGGAUUUGCUGUGCGCCUUCUAUGGCUGCUUGUAUCUGGGUGCCAUUCCGAUCACAAUUAGACCGCCGCAUCCGCAGAACCUUAUUACUACACUACCGACGGUGCGGAUGAUCGUGGAUGUGUCCAAAAGUGGAAUUGUGCUCUCCAUUCAGCCCAUCAUUAAAUUGUUAAAAUCACGCGAGGCAGCAACGUCAAUUGAUCCGAAGACCUGGCCCCAGAUACUGGACAUCGACGACAAUCCCAAACGUAAACUGACGUGCAUAGCCACAGUCGCCUUGGAUUCGAGCGCCUAUCUGGAUUUCAGUGUGUCGACCUGUGGACGCCUGAGUGGAGUCAACAUAACGCAUCGUUCGCUCUCUAGUCUUUGCGCCAGUUUGAAACUGGCUUGUGAAUUAUAUCCAUCGCGGCAUGUUGCGCUUUGUUUGGAUCCCUACUGUGGAUUGGGCUUUGUCAUGUGGACGCUCAUUGGUGUGUACAGUGGUCACCACUCUAUACUGAUAGCUCCUUACGAGGUGGAAGCGAAUCCAAGCCUUUGGCUCUCGACGUUGUCAACGCAUCGAGUACGUGACACAUUUUGCUCUUACGGCGUCAUUGAGUUGUGCACCAAGGCGCUUAGUAAUUCCAUACCGGCGUUGAAGCAACGCAACGUUGAUUUAAGAUGUGUGCGCACCUGCGUCGUGGUGGCAGAGGAGCGUCCUCGGGUGCAGCUGACGCAGCAGUUCUGCAAACUAUUCCAGGCACUGGGCCUCAACACCCGCUGCGUGUCGACUUCAUUCGGUUGUCGCGUCAAUCCUGCUAUCUGUGUGCAGGGCGCUAGCUCAGCGGAGAGCGCACAGGUCUAUGUGGAUCUACGAGCGUUGCGCAACAAUCGAGUGGCGUUGGUGGAGCGCGGUGCACCCAAUUCAUUAUGUCUAAUUGAGUCGGGUAAACUACUACCGGGUGUCAAGGUGAUCAUUGCCAAUCCAGAUACUAAAGGCCACUGCGGCGACUCGCAUUUGGGCGAAAUUUGGGUGCAAGCGCCACACAAUGCAAAUGGAUAUUUUACCAUAUAUGGCGAUGAGACGGACUACAAUGAUCACUUUAAUGCCAAGCUGGUCACUGGCGCCACAUCAGAAAUGUAUGCGCGCACCGGAUAUUUGGGCUUCCUGCGCCGCACUGAGUGCUCGCAGGCUGCCUCGAUACUGGACGAGACCACACCAAGUGUGGCCAGUCGGGACAGUGACACGGAGAGUCUAAACUCGAUGAGUCAGUUGCAAUUAAACUUCUCGAAUGCCUCGCUAGGUGGAAAUUCUGAGCAUAGUCUUAUUGGUGGUGCAGGAGGUGUGGGUAAUGCCAAUGACCAGGAACUUCACGAUGCUGUUUAUGUGGUAGGCGCGCUGGACGAAGUGAUCUCCCUGCGUGGCAUGAACUACCAUCCCAUAGAUAUAGAGAAUUCAGUAUUGCGAUGCCACAAGAAAAUUGCGGAGUGCGCCGUUUUUACUUGGACUAAUUUGUUAGUUGUAGUUGUAGAACUAGAUGGUAACGAAUCUGAGGCGCUUGAUUUGGUGCCGCUUGUCACAAACACCGUGCUCGAGGAGCAUCAGCUCAUUGUGGGCGUAGUUGUCGUUGUUGAUCCAGGUGUGGUUCCUAUCAACAGUCGUGGUGAGAAACAACGCAUGCAUUUACGCGAUGGAUUUUUAGCGGACCAAUUGGAUCCCAUCUACGUCGCUUACAAUAUGUAAAUAGUAUUAUGAUAAUGAUAUCGAAGAAGAUUACGAUGACCACUACCCAUACGUAUGCAAAAUUAUUUAUUCUUAAUAUUACAUUUAGACUAUUUUGUAAUAAUACACAAUUUGUAAGAGCAUUAUAAUAACACUCACAUGUAGGUUUGCAUGAUCGUAAUAGAUUUCUACAUAUGUAUGUCAAAGUAGCCGAACAACUAAGUAAAUACUUUAACUUUCCUUUUUACAAUAUGUAUACCUAUGUACGAUGAUAUAGCGAUAGAUACGACGCUUCUCUCUCAAACUCACACAACCACACAAAUUGACACUAUAACUAAUGACAUUUAUCUAUUGUGUAAAAUGUGAAACGAUAUAAAAUGAGACAUUUUUAUGUACAAUUCGGAAAUGCAAUAAACCAUUUAUAUACAUAUAAAUAUUUAAAAAA